UGUAAUCAAACUUAGAGCGCGAUCUAGAGCAGGCAUGUUUUUUAGGUUGCUCAAUCGAGCUCAGGAUCUCUGAUCAUCCCACUCAAGCAAACAUGGCGGACAAGGAUCCAUUCAGGCAGCUGAAAGACCUAUCUCUGCUCAAAGACCAGCUCGAUAACAUCCAGCGUCGGGUGGAGGAUGAAGUCGGAGUUGGGGUCCCACAGGGUGGAAGUGUGCUCAGUUCCCCCUUCCUGAAGGGCUUUUUGGCUGGGUAUGUGGUGGCGAAGCUCCGCUCCUCUGCGGUCCUGGGAGUUCUUGUAGGAACCUGCACAGGCAUCUAUGCUGCUCAGAGCUAUCAAGUGCCUAACGUUGAGCAGACUAUAAAAAACUACUUCAGCUCAUUUAAGAAGAGAUAGAGGGAGCCAAUAAAACAAUUUCAGAAAUGGUGCCUCAUCCAGAAACAUAAACGAACCUCAGCUGAGAUCCACUCAUCAGACCACAUAGAAUAACUGGAUGUAUUUAGAUGAUACUUUGGUUAGCAAUUUUAGGCUUUGUUUCUAUUUAAAGUGGGUUAGGUCGGUGCUGUUACAACAGCUUUUUUUGAAAGACACUAUGCACCUAAAUUCCUUAAAAUGGUACAGAUGUCCAAAGUGUUAUUUAUCAGUUCUUAAUAUGCUCAAAAUGUCAAUGUUCUGUCAGUUAAAUGAAUAUUUUUUCCAAUGCCUUUUUUUUAAAUUGAGAUUUGCACUAAACAGGUGAACAAUCAGGCACAACACACUUUGUAAAUAAUGUCUGGCAUUGAUUCCUGUGCCUGUCAAGUGUCAGAGAUCGCUGGACUUGAGUUGCUGAAGCCUUUUAUGUAGUUGUCAGAUAAAUAAAUGUUGCACUUUACCACACUCAACCACUUCUGCUUUUAAUAAAUAUAAUGGAAGUCAGCCUUUAGAAGUGAAAUAGAAAACAGGAAGUAGUCCAAUUUGAGGAUGAAAUCUGAGUAUCAUGCAGUUGUUGUUUUUUGCAUGGAGUGGUGAGGUUUUAAAGUGUAAUCCAUAUCAUAAUACAUACUUUUUCUACAUAAAAAGUUUUAUCAAAAGAAUAGUUUUGAAAAAUAGAAAUUCUUUCCUUUGCUUUAUGUGAGUAAAGUUUUUCUUUGUCAUGGCUUCUAAUAUCAUUUCCAUCAUGUGUGAUAUAUUUUUGUGCAAAGAUUCUUUUACAUUCAUUGCAUGUUUUUCAUUGCAUGGGGUUUUUGAAAAUGUUGUAUUUUAAUGAAUAAAACUUGGGUCUAGAAAAUGUAUGGUUAAUAAUUUUAAUAGGAAAAAUAUAAGAGGAAAAAUAAACAAUUGUUGAAAGUACUGUGGAUGAAAGUACUUUUUUUUAAAAAAAAGGUCUGUAUGCUAACUAAGAUAGUAGCCUACGCUACGAUAGUGACCGAUGACGAAAUAGUACAAAGAUGGAAAUCAGGGCAGAGACAGAUUCAGGUGUUCUGCAAGCAUUUCGGCUUUAAAGUUACAGGAAUCUGUAUAAAUCAGACACGGGGCACACAAGUAGUUAGUAAUGAAUUUUAUUGUCCAUCUUUGUUAGCUAUCCUUUGUCCAAUUUCAGCUAUCCUUCUACAUAUUACUUCUCUUUCUUGAUCCAAUUUACAAAGGUUUGUUAAAAAAAGCAAUUGCAUCAAGUGAAAGUUUUUCAUAAAAGGUAAACACUGCAGAAUCUACUAUAGUCUGUAAUAAUUACCAGUACAAU